UUUACCGCGAGGAAAGCUGGGGAAUGUAGUGUUCCAGGCAACCCUGCACGUGACGCUGGCGGAGGAAGGCUAGAGAGAGGCGCGGGACGACGUCUAGGGAAUAGAAAGAGCAGCCCACACAGGCGGUGGGUGGGAAUGCCUCACUUCAGUUUGAAGAGGGUCCGGAGCCAAAGGGGUUAAAACAAGCGACUCCCCCACUUCCUGCCUCCCUAAAACGCACGCCCCGCUAGCCAUGGGCAGCCGCGACCACCUGUUCAAAGUUCUGGUGGUGGGGGACGCCGCAGUGGGCAAGACGUCGCUGGUGCAGCGAUAUUCCCAGGACAGCUUCAGCAAACACUACAAGUCCACGGUGGGAGUGGAUUUUGCUCUGAAGGUUCUCCAGUGGUCUGACUCCGAGAUAGUGCGACUUCAGCUGUGGGAUAUUGCAGGGCAGGAGCGCUUCACCUCUAUGACACGACUGUAUUAUCGGGAUGCCUCUGCCUGUGUUAUUAUGUUUGACGUUACCAAUGCCACUACCUUCAGCAACAGCCAGAGGUGGAAACAGGACCUAGACAGCAAGCUCACACUACCCAAUGGAGAGCUGGUGCCCUGCCUGCUCUUGGCCAACAAGUGUGAUCUGUCCCCUUGGGCAGUGAGCCGGGACCAGAUUGACCGUUUCAGUAAAGAGAAUGGUUUCACAGGUUGGACAGAAACAUCAGUCAAGGAGAACAAAAAUAUUAAUGAGGCUAUGAGAGUCCUCAUUGAAAAGAUGAUGAGAAAUUCCAGAGAAGAUAUCAUGUCUUUGUCCACCCAAGGGGACUACAUCAAUCUACAAACCAAGUCCUCCAGCUGGUCCUGCUGCUAGUAGUGUUUGGCUUGUUUUCCAUCCCAGUUGUGGGAGGUCUUUUAAGUCUCUUCCCUUUGGUUUUCCACCUGACAGUUUUAAGUACAUUUGAAUUGUCUCCUGACUACUGUCCAGUAAGGAGGCCCAUUGUCACUUAGAAAAGACACCUGGGACCUGUGUGCAUUUCUGCAUCUCCUGGAUUAGCCUUUGACGUGUUGCUGGCUCAUGUUAGUGCCAGUUAGUGCCUUCUGUGUAAGAUCAUCUCAUCAGCCCUCGAUUUGUGAUUCGGAAUUUUGUGAGAAGGAUUAGAAAUCAGCACCUGCAUUCUAGAGAUGAUUCUCACCUACUUUUGAGCUUAUUUUUCCAUUUGAUAUUCAUUGAUAUCAUGACCUCCAAUUGAGAGGAAAAUGAGAUCAAAUGUCAUUCCCCAAAUUUCUUGUGGGCCAUUGUUUCAGAUUCUUUCUGUCUUGGAAUGUAAACAUCUGAUUCUGGAAUGCAGAAGGAGGGGGUCUGGACAUCUACGGAUUUUUGGCUAUUAGAAGUGACCCAGAAGUCACUGUAUUUUUGAAACUUCUAAAGUCAUAAUUAAGUUUCUCUUGUCUUGGCAUCAAGAAUAGUCAAGUUUUUUGGCUGGACAUGGUGGCUCAUGCCUGUAAUGCUAGCAUUUGGGGAGGCCAAGACAGACAGAUCACUUGAGGCCAGGAGUUCGAGACCAGCCUGGCCAGCAUGGCAAAACCCCAUCUCUACUAAAAGUACAAAAAUUAGCUGGGCAUGAUGGCACGUGUCUGUAAUCCCUGUAGCUACUCUGGAGACUGAGGUGGGAGAAUCGUUUGAGACUGGGAGACAGAGGUUGCAGUGAACCGAGAUCAUGCCACUGCACUUCAGCCUGGGUGACAGAGCAAGACUCCAUCUCAAAAAAAAAAAAGAAAGUCGUUUUUAAACUACCUAUUUCAUGCAAUGAGAGCAUUUUCUUCCACAAAGAGCUUAAUCCUCAUGAUAGGGUUGUCUAGUGUCUCCGAUUUGCAGGUUUCUGGGUUGAUGUCUUAAUGCAUAAUACUGCAAAUGGCAUCAGUUGGCUGUGAUGCUUCGAAAUAGGUCUGCUCCUCACAGCUUUGGGAAUCUAAAUGGAAGAAGAAAAGGGAGAAGUUAACAGCCUCCACUGGGGCAAGUUUGUGAGCACAUAGGCACUUAGUCAUAGGAAACAUAUUACAUGCAGGCCCUAGCCUGGGGGAGGAAAGUGGAUAGACAGAAAAUCAUUAGAUAAUUUAAGUACUAAAUUGGGCAGGACUUUUUAGUAUCAAAUCACUACUAGACUGUUUAAUUUGUUAAAUUCUGUCUAGGAUGGUGGCUUAUAACCUAACCAAAGUUAUCGAUAUUCUUGGUAAACUCAGAGGCCUGAAGUUCUUUGAUAGACCUGAAAUAAGUGUGCUAAGUCAGUGGUUCCCAAGUCUGGCUGAUCAGGAAUACCUGGGAAGUUUGUUAAAAUUUUUUUAAAUGUUUUAAGAUUUUUGGGUCCUGAGCCACAUGUGGCAGCUCACGCCUGUAAUCCCAGCACUUUGGGAGGCUGAGGCAGGCGGAUUGCCUGAGGUCAGGAGUUCAAGACCAACCUGGCCAACAUACUGAAACCCCAUCUCUACUAAAAA